UACAAUUUUCAAUUUAAAGUUUAGUUUAUACACACACUUUGUUGAGUUAACAUCGUUUACAAUGAAAUUUUUUGCCGUCUUUUCCAUACUUUUGUUGGCAAUUUUAGCAUUUGCCAUGGCUGAUAUAGCCUCCACUGAUGAUUUGGCCGAAUCCACGUGUAUGUGUCCCCGCAUUUUGGAACCUGUAUGCGGUGAUGAUUUUGUAACUUAUCCUAAUAGUUGUGAAUUUUCUUGUGCCCAAUCGAAAAUGGCUCUAAAAGGUAGAACAAUAGCUAUUGCACAUCCUGGCAGCUGUUGAUGAAAUAAAAUAUUGCAUCAAGAAUACAAUUUGCUUUUUUAACACAUAAUACGGAUAUUUUUUAAUUCAAUAAAAAAAAGCAAGAAAA